GGGGGGCGGCUCUGAAGGGGUGCUCAGUCAGCCUCAGUCAGAUGGGAGGCGGGCAGCGGAGAAAUAACGCUCAGAUUCUCCUGGUUCAACUCAGCAUGCUCCGUCUGUGACUCCAGGAGAGGAGACCCAGAGCUGCAGACGCACUCAGUUUGUUCCUCACCCUGGACUGGGGGGGCCCUCUGUGCGUGCCUGAGCGCAGCGUGGCGCCCAGGAGGAAAAGACUCGCAGCUGCUUUAACAGCGAUCCGAGCUGGAAAUCAAACUUUUUCAUGCCUCUGGUCUGUUUAGGCAACUUUUGGACCGAGCCUGCGCAUCCCAGGAGCGAACUGUGCUGGUUCCGUUGGGCUCCGGCUGUCAGACAAGGAUCUGAGCUGUGACGUGAAGCAGAGGAGCAGCAUGGUGCAGCGGAUGAGCCACACGGAGAGCACCGCCGAGGCGCUGUCCUUCUUCGCCGGGGACUCGAGCUCCGACUCCGGGGCGUGCAUGGAUCUGGACCCGGCCGCCUCGCCUCUCUCGCCGGGCUCCACAGCCUCCUCCACCGCCGGGGACAAGCUGGGAGACAACCCGGCGUGGUGCAAGACCCCCAGCGGCCACAUCAAGAGACCCAUGAACGCCUUCAUGGUGUGGUCCCAGAUCGAGCGGCGGAAGAUCAUGGAGCAGAGCCCCGACAUGCACAACGCAGAGAUCUCCAAGCGGCUGGGGAAGCGCUGGAAGCUGCUCCGGGACAGCGACAAGAUCCCCUUCAUCCGCGAGGCCGAGCGGCUCCGGCUCAAGCACAUGGCGGACUACCCGGACUACAAGUACCGGCCCAGAAAGAAGGUCAAGUCCAGCGCCUCCAAGCCCGGCGGGGGGGACCGGGGGGAGAAAGUUGGCAGCAGCUCGAACAGCAACACCAGCACCAAGAGCUCCUCGUCCUCCAGGAAGAGCGGCUCCAAGUCACCCAGCAAGACCCACAAGUCCCUGUUCGGAACCAGCAGCAGCACCGUGAGCAGCACCAAAGCAUCCGCGUACGCCUCGGAGGCAGAGCCCCAUCACACCUCCCUCUACAAGUCCAGGUCCGUGUCCUCCGGAGCCAGGCACAUCCCGGAGGGCAGGAAGCCCAAACGGGUCUACGUGUUCGGGGGCAGCGGGACCCCAGGAUCCUCCGUGGUGGUCCCGGCCAGCCCCACGCUCAGCAGCUCGGCGGACUCCAGCGACCCCCUCAGCCUGUACGAGGACGCGGCCGGCGGCAGAGACUCCCCCGCGUCCUCCCCCACCCCCUCCGGCUCGCACUCCUCCGUCUCCUCCUGCUCCUCCUCCUCCUCCUCCUCCUCAUCUUCAGAGGACGAGGAGUUCGAGGACGACCUGCUGGACGUGAACCCGAGCCCCGGCGCCGUCAGCGGCGUGCCCCUGGGGGGCUUCGUCCCCUCGGUGCUGGACCGGGACUGGGACUUGAACUGCGAGUCCAUCUCCGGGGGGUCCCACUUCGAGUUCCCCGACUACUGCACCCCCGAAGUGAGCGAGAUGAUCUCCGGGGACUGGCUGGAGUCCACCAUCUCUAACCUGGUGUUCACAUACUGAGAGGAACCACGCGCGCGCGCGCACGGCUAGAGGGGGUCCUGGCCACCAGCCUGCGUCCCUGCAGAUGCAGAGCCCCGGACGGCUGGUCCCGGGUGGACUGAGGGACAGCUCGGUCCAACUGUGAUUGAUUUGCACGUUCUUGUUUGACUCCACGUUGAAGCAGAACCUUCUAAGAUUAAAGGGACAUUUCACAACUUUUCUACCACUGACAAGGUACAGAGCAGGAGCGCGUGCGUCAUUUAAUGAAACAAAUGUGCCAUCAGGAGGCUUUUUUUUUUUUUUAAUAAAACCGAGGUGGGUUGA